AUGAGCUUAUUAGCAAACUUUAGCUCUAAAGCGUUGGAAACAAAUGCACCCAAUCAUGGUCAAUGUAAGUGUCUAGACGCGGGCAAAUAUAAAUUACUUAGAAAGAUAAUUUCUGACAGAGGUCCUUUAUGGGGGAGAGUGGUCCGGGAGAAAAUGGCUAUUUUCUUGCUAGUCCUGCCAGAAAUUAGUUGACCACUUGCAGGAACGUUGAAUUUUCGGCUGAAAUUCCUCAUUGCAAAAUCUGUUAUUUUCUCGACAGAUUGAUAGUAUUACGCUUUUUCAAAAGUGCGUAAAGCAGGAAAUUGCACAGUGCAAAUAGAACCGUUCUUUUCUCACAGUGCAUGCCGCCGAAAUGACUUCAAACUAUACCAUACGAACCGAUGAUUACACGUCAAGGUGAACUUUCAUAUCAUUUUUGGCAAACCAUAGCUUACAGACAUGCCAAUAAUGUGGCCAACGUGCACUUCGAAAGCUACGGAGUCGGUAAUCAAAUCUGUUAAGUAUACACUGUGCCGAUUAUCGAGUUGUUGGAAUUUAUUUUCGUUGGUAACCUAAGUUCUCUGGUGUUUCGUAUACUUUUCCGACAAGAAUCUUAGUUUUUAUGACUUUUUAUUGUAAUUCAAAAGUUGAAUAUCUUGGUCGCGCCGAAUUCUAAUCAAUGGGCGGAGCCAAAAUUCAGGUGGCGGAGCCAAAAUUCAAGGUGGAGGUCGGCUGGGAGAGAGGGCACCAUGUGACACAUUUUCGUCGCUCCGCGAGCCGCGAAAUUUACCUUGCCCCCCUUCACAGUUUUUCUUCUUUCGGCCCGGCCUGGGGUUACCUCUUACCCCCUCCCUCUAGCUAUGCCCUUGUCAGGCAUGGUAAAUCCAACGGUCUCAAUCUACCAUCUUCAAUUACCGUGGUUUCAAUGAUUUGUUCAUUAAAGCUCAUGAAUUCUUUCUCUGAAAAGGGGCCGGCCCCAAGGACUCGAGAAAUUCUUUAGCCCCCGGCCAGGCCCCAAAAGGUCGGGCCCGGCCCCAGUUCUUUUCAAAAUUUCCAAAGCCCGCCUCCUACCAUGUCUGGCUAUCGACGACGCUCGUAUUGUGCCUUUGAUGGCAACGCGUGCUCAUACAAAAAUUUCAAUACGUAUUGUUACUUUAUUUCUCAACUAAUAUUGACAGGUAGAACGCAAUUGCUAUUAUAAUAUUAUAUUUACAAUCCAAUGAAAUCUAUAGCCGUGUUUUGAAGCACACGCUUAUCUAGUCAAGAUUCAAGUGCGUUAAAUUUCAGUUGCAGCCAUGGCAUACCAAGAUAUUUAUGCAUUUUGCUCACUCAUCAUUAUGACGAUAUCCGUUCUCCUGUGCCUUCUUGUCAUUUACCUCUCAUAUCGGAUAUACAGCGUGAAUCGGCGACGAGAGUAUACGUGGAUUAUGGGGUUUAACGCGCUAGUCGACAUUGUGUAUUCGUUGGCGCUGGGGAUUGUGGCAACGGUAGGUGAAAGCUUGGUUUAUCUUCCGGGUGUGGCAGUUUUACAGCUCAAUUUGAAAUGGCUAAAACUGUUUUUAGUUUUUGGCCAAUUGUCAAGUAUUUGUAGUGGCUGCAAAAUUGCCGUACCCUGUUAACAGACCCUUUCUUGGCAUGAUGUGAUAUCUUUACAGCCACCCCAUUUCAGUGUGGUAUCGCAACUCACGACCAGUUCUUUCUGACGGUGGAGAAUCCUCUCCUCCAGGACAUGCAUCCCUUCUUCUUGCACGUCGCGAUCUUCCUUGUGUCUCUGAUGACACUGGCCAUUGCUCCCUGCAACACCGUCCAUUUCUACUACCGCUAUUGCAUGAUAUGCAAGGAUGUGUUGUGGUCAAAGCGAAAGUACUUUUUCCUGUAUUUGGCGGCUCUAUCAUAUCUGACCAUAAAUGGAGUCGUUUUCCACUUCUCGGGGACCGCAGACACGGCGGAGAGCCGGAGGAGCUUGGAAGAGAUGCAGGGACGACCCGCACCACGACAUUUUGUGACACGGCAGGUGAGUUUGGAGGGGUGAUACACUUCAAAAAAAUGAAAAAACAAGAAAUGUUUGAUUUUUGACAAAAUUUCGCCGAAAUUUUGAGUCACUUUCCCAGAGAAAAAGCUCUUUUUCGAUAAAAAUUACUUUUCGGACUCGAUAAUUCUGUGGCAGUUCGCAAAAAAUCACUGAUCCGAGAUUCCUUAUUUUUUCAAUUUUCUGAAAGAAUUUUUUUGACGUGUGAUGAUGAGUAUUUUUAUAAAGGGGGCACAAAAAUCCUCGAUUUUUUGCAUGAGAAAAAACGCACUGUGCGUUGGCGACAAACGUGGGAACAAAUUCAAAAUGCACUGUGCAAAAGAGAAAAAUUGUCCAUGCACUUUGUGAAAAUAUAAAUAGCGCUCACUGGUAGUGCAUCAAAUUAGAACACGCAAAAUACACGCGUCGGUCUGUCGGGAAAAUAAUGAGCACAAUGUCGCUGCGUCUAUCACGCGGCUGAAAUGAAAAGCAAUUUGAUUUUUCCGCGAGACAAUUCAUUUCUUCGGCGGCGAUGCGAUUUUCGUUGCGGCAGAGUGCUCGUUAUUUUCCCGACAAAAUGAUGCAAUACUGAAGAUUGAUUAUUGAAGGACUCUGCUUGAUUUUUAGGACGAUCCUUUGUUCAUGUUGUGCGUUGUCAACUGCCAAAUCAUUUUCACCGUCGAGUACGGAAUAAUCAUCUUCUGUGGUGUCCGAAUCAUUCUGAAAAUGCGAGAGAAGGUUGGAGCCACCGCUAGCUCAACGAGACGAGCGCAAAAAUACGUGAUAAUCGUGAUGAUGCUGCAGGUAAGUGAACUUGCAAAAAUUAUCGCCCUCUAUUAACAUUCUGUACUUGUAAAUAUUAUACAUGUAUAUUUCAGGCUGCCUACCCCCUCAUAUUGUACUUCAUACCGAUCAUGUAUCUGACCUCGAUGGUAGGCUUUGGAGGGCAAAUUAACGACGUUAGCUAUAUGGGGGCGACCUCAAUCCAACUGCUCCCCGCCCUCAACUCGCUGUCAGUCUUGACGAUGCUGCCUUCAUACCGCAGAGCGUUUCUACACAACCGUCAUCUCGAGACAGCGUUGACGAUGAUCUCAGAGACCUAG